UUCUCCCCGCAAACAAACAAGGCUUAAUGAAAACCCCAGAAAGUAGGAGCUCGUGGGAGAGAAGAGAGAAAAGACAAGUUCACAAGGUUCCUGGGUGGAGCUCCCAAUGAACAGCAGCAAUGGCAACGACAAUGGCAAUGGGAAAAAUGGGGGGCUUGAGCAUGUACCUUCCUCAUCCUCUAUCCACAAUGGAGACAUGGAGAAGAUUCUUUUGGAUGCACAGCAUGAAUCGGGACAGAGUAGUUCAAGGGGCAGUUCUCAUUGUGACAGCCCUUCCCCACAAGAAGAUGGACAGAUUAUGUUUGAUGUGGAAAUGCACACCAGCAGGGACCAUAGCUCUCAGUCAGAAGAAGAAGUUGGAGAAGGAGAGAAAGAAGCCGAGGGUUUGAAGAAAAGUGUAGACUGGGUUUCUGACUGGUCCAGUAGACCUGAAAACAUUCCACCUAAGGAGUUCCACUUCAGGCACCCUAAGCGUUCUGCUUCUUUAAGCAUGAGAAAAAGUGGAGCCAUGAAGAAAGGGGGUAUUUUCUCUGCAGAGUUUCUUAAGGUGUUCAUUCCAUCUCUGUUCAUUUCUCAUGUUUUGGCUUUGGGGCUAGGCAUCUAUAUUGGAAAACGACUGAGCACAUCUUCUGCCAGCACCUACUGAGAGAAAGCCCCUGGAAACGUGUGACCUAUGAAGUGGUGUUAUUGUCAAAUUAGUUUAUUUGAACUUGAGACCAUUGUAAGCAUGACCCAUCUACUGCCCUAUUUUUACAUAUCCAAGUUCCAGUAACUCUUGAAAUUCAGUAUUUUAUUCAGACUCUGUUGAGGCAUUUUACUAACUUCAUUCAUUCCCUUUUUGGCCUGUAAGACACUUUAGAAUUUCCUAACAGAGUUUAAUGUUGUUUAGAAAUUUGCAAGGGCUUCUUUUCUGCAAAUGCCACCAGCAGAUUAUAAUUUUGGCAACAAUGCUAUUGUCUCCAAUUAGUACCACCAGACUAGACCUGCAGCAUUCGUAGUAUAAAUUUUACUCUUGCAAGGUAACUACUAUCACUCUGUUAAAAUGAGAUGAGGUUAGUGGAUGAUACAAAAGCUUUGUUUUUGUUUUUGGUCAAGUCAAAAGCAAGCUUCCCUAAGCUUGAUUUAAAAGUUAUUUAAAAAGAACACA